CAUAAAAACAAGCGAGUGGGCGUUCACAGCAGUUUGCUGCGGAUCUUCUCUGCGCUGCGGAAACUUUCCACAAAAUGGUGCAACAACUCUCCAAAUCUGGAGCAAAAGAGGCUCGUCUGCUCAAAGCUGGGCACCCACCAGCAGUGAAGGCAGGAGGAAAACGAGUUGCCAAGAAAACCCUGGAGGAUGGAUCUGCCCAUGGGACUCCUGAGAAAGAGACAAAGAGCCGGUCUCUUGCCACCUCCAACAGGAUGCAACAAGUUGGGCUUCUUCUGACUGGGACUCUUGACAAGCUGAGUCAUGACUUUCCAGAGACCCCUGUGAGCGUGAGGCACAGCAAGGUGCGCCCUGCUGUGGAAAGGUCUCACUGCCCCCGGAACUUCUGCAUCCAGCAGCCCAGGAAGUUUUGAAUUUGCCUAAGAAUACCCCAGAGUCUAUUGUGUUCAGUCUGUUGUCAAACGUUAAACUCUUGAGGGGAAAUGGCAGGUUUUCUGUGAGGUGCUGAUUUAAGCUGUUUACCGUUAAGAAGAAAAACAACUUUCCUUUUGUGCUAAGCUUUUGAAGAAGAAUCAUGAAGAUCAGCGUUUUUUGUAUCUUUUUGAAAAUGUCAUAGUUUUGCUUGAGAACUUAUUGUGGGAAAAUGCAUGGGAAAUGGGUUAAAGUAAGUUGAUUAAUGGAUUAGAGGCAUGUAGUGAAGCUUAAAAAGCCUUUUCUUUUGUUUAUAGGCUGUCUAUGUAUAACUCUUCAUUGUAGAUUUGUAUAAAAAUAAAUAAAUAUGCUAUCACAGUUUGA